CAUUAUCUGAUUUGAUUCCCAACACUCUGGAACUCCCAGGGGAGGACAGAUCUGCUAGGCUUUAAUGUACGAGGCCCUUGCCUCCCUUUCACCAUCAUUUUCUCCUUCUUCUUCGAUGUCGGAGGGUAUAUUACCAUGUAUUGAGCUCAUUACAGCCGUCCUCUGAACAAGCUAUACAUAGACCUUCACUUGCGGAGUUCUCCCUUCUGGUCAUAAUCAACAUCUCUGGGCUUCUCAUAGGUCUCUCAAGAUGCUUGACGGCAUUUUUUUGCUGCUCAGCUUGAGCAUUGUCAUGGCAAUUGCUUCAUUCCUGGCCGGUUCAUUACCUCUUUCCUUUGCAUUGAAACCCUCGCAACUUCGUCUCAUCUCCACCAUUGGCAUGGGUGUCUUGGUUGGCACGUCAUUGAUAGUGAUUAUCCCCGAAGGCGUUGAAACACUCUACAGUGCCAGUUCUCCAACUCAUGCUCAUGCGCACUCUUUGACUCGAAGAUUUGCUCCUCAUAAUCCAGUAGAAUGGCGAUGGAUGGGAAACAAAGGCCAUUCAGUGGAUGUAGAAUCGCCGCUUUGGACUUCCCCUUCGCAAACCCAUCCAAUUACGGGAAAGCGGGACGAUGUGUCGGUGGCAGCGCCGGAAGACUUCAAAGCACCACCUGGACCGGUCAUACCGGAAGACUUCAACGGCAGUCCGGGCCCAGUCACACCAGGUGAUAAAGAAAGCCUGGAUUCUAGUCAGGACUAUGGACAUGCUUCGAUAGCAGAGCUACCACCUGAUUCGGCUGCGCCCGAUGUUCCUUCUGGGACUGCGCCAGACUCUGUUCCGCAUGAGCAGCACGGCGAAGAGGAACACAACGAAUCCAUGCCCGAGCCACAUGUGUGGGUUGGCGUGGCUCUCAUCCUUGGAUUCAUUCUCAUGUAUCUCAUCGAUCAAUUGCCGCAGCAUGCAGUUGGCCAUUCUCAUUCUCAACAACGACCAUAUCACAUUUCUUUAGAUAACUUGUCUCAAAGAUUUCACCGGUCCGCUUCUCCGAGCGGCGGCGAGGAACAAGAAGGGUUCAUUCAGUCUAACAGCACUAUGGCAGAAACUCGAAGCUUAUCGACUACCAUUGGCUUGGUCAUUCAUGCUGCGGCAGAUGGCAUUGCCCUCGGAGCUUCUACCUCAAUUAGCAGCACCAAACUAGGCCUCAUUAUAUUUGUGGCUAUUAUGGUCCACAAGGCGCCGGCAGCAUUUGGUCUUACUUCGGUUCUUCUUCGCGAGGGCUGGAGCAAGAGGGAAGCGCGCACACAUCUUAUCAUAUUUUCUCUCGCGGCGCCCCUUGGAGCUUUGGGGACCUGGUCGCUUGUUCAAUUGCUAGGACGAGGUAUCAUGGGCGGUGAUCAGGGUACACAAUGGUGGACUGGCGUCCUUCUUCUCUUCUCCGCGGGCACCUUCUUGUACGUUGCGAUGCACACCAUGCAAGAGGUACAGUCUGCCAACCCGACUGAGGCUUCAAAUGGUUUCGGCGAUGGACAUGCUCCGGAGUCUCGUCCUGGCCGGGGGCCGGCCAUGCGAGAUCUUUUUGCAACGAUUGCAGGCAUGCUAUUGCCUCUAGUGACGCAACUCUUUGGCCAUGGUCAUUGAAGUCUGCAAUGUUUUAUGACUUGGCUUCUUUUUUUGGUGUCUUUUUUGAUGUCACUGACAAAAGGCGUAUGAACCUGAUUAGGUCGUGCUUGGAGGCGUUUGGGAUUACUGGAGCAUAUCCAACAGAAAGUCGGGCUCAUCUCUUCCCAUAUCUUAAUCCUUUCAAGCAUCUGGUAGAGGACAUUUAUGGGUCAUUUAAACUAUUUAUUUUCGAUUAUAAUCAUUUAUAUUAAAAACGACCC